AUGAAGAUUUGCUUUGGAUAUUGGUCCCUGUUGGUGUUUCUCCUGACAAAUUCUGUCUGGGGCCAGCGUCCAAGACAGAGACAGAAACCUGGCCGUCCAGCCACGACUAAGAAACCCUCCAUCCCCCUGCCUGAGCCACAGGAGCCCACUGACUUCCCCCCUCCAAUCCUAGGUCCACCUUCUGUAUUUCCAGACUGCCCAAGAGAGUGCUUUUGUCCUCCAUCCUAUCCUAAUGCUCUGUACUGCGAGAACCGAAACCUCCGCAAGGUCCCAACCAUACCACCUCGCACUCAUUACCUUUACCUGCAAAACAACUACAUUCACGAAGUGACCGCUGAACCAUUUAACAACGCCUCGGAGGUCAAAUGGAUCGACCUGGGAAACAACCGCAUCCGCACCGUCGACAAACAAGUGUUUGAGAAGCUGCCAAAUCUCAUAUACCUCUACAUGGAAAGAAAUCUUCUGAAAGAGGUGCCCAGUGAUCUGCCUGUAAGCCUGGAGCAGCUGCGUCUCAGCCGAAACCAAAUCUCUAAGAUCCCACCUGGCGCAUUCAGUAAAAUGGAGCACCUGGUCCUACUGGACCUGCACCACAAUAAGUUAAGUGACAGCAACCUGGGCAAGAACAUUUUCAAGGACUUGAAGAACCUGAUGCAGCUUAACUUGGCACAUAACAUCCUAAGAAAGAUGCCUACCAAUAUACCAACCAGCAUCUUCCAACUUUUCUUAGACAGGAAUAACAUUGAGGACAUUCCCAAGGAUUAUUUCAAGGAUUUCGCAAACCUGGCCUUUCUGCGUCUUAACUACAACAGACUGAGCGAUAAGGGCGUCCCGAAGAAGGUGUUCAAUGUCAGCACCCUGCUAGAUUUGCACUUGGCUCACAACAGGUUGACCAAUGUUCCGAUGUUCAAUUCACAUUUGGAGCAUCUACAUCUUAACAACAACGACAUUGAGAGAAUAAACGGAACAGAGCUCUGCCCCUUUAACCUGUCCGACGAUGUGAAUGAUGAAAACCAUUUGCCAAAGCUGCGAUACCUAAGACUGGAUGGAAAUCACCUGCGUCCCCCAAUCCCAAUGGAUGUCAUCAUGUGCUUCAGACGACUCCACUCUGUUGUGAUUUAG